AUGAGCUCGCAGCGCUAUACCCGGGUGAAUGCCCAAGAUGAAGAUAACACCCACUCCUAUCCGUUAAACCCUACACGAUCAAAUCUUUCACCAAACUCUCCGCCUCCCUCUUUCCGUUCCCGGUCCUCUUCGCCAUCGAGGCGACUGUUGCACGGCGACCCUAUCCGACAGGACGAAGAUGAUCACGCCCUAGCUGAUGCUUUUGGAAGCGAGGACGACUCCGACAACGAUGAAGAGCCUGAUGAUCGUCAACGGCUGAUGCGUGCCAACCCCGAUCCCUAUAGUCCCGCGGAGAACGGUCCGUCCGCCACUGCGUCCUCAUCGGAAUCCAGAACCGAGAGCCAAGAUCGCUCAGCGAUGUCGGGAAUAUCUCGACGGCCAACGAUACUACCAAGCUUUACUACUCCAUCGGGCAACAGUCGGGCGAUAGCAUCAUCGAAUGAUGGUGUUUUUGCCAAUCUGGCAGCUAAGCCGGAACGGGGCGAAAAGAAUGAAGACUUGCCUCCUUCCUAUGAAGAAGCAGCCGCUGAUGCAACCCCACCAUAUUGGGAGACUACGAUCGUGGCACCCGGUAUCUCCUCCGAUGAAGUUUACGUGGAUGGACUCCCUGUGGGAUCGAUAUUCUCGUUCAUUUGGAAUGCGAUGAUUUCCAUGUCAUUCCAGCUGGUCGGUUUCCUCCUGACCUAUCUUCUUCACACCACCCACGCCGCAAAGAAUGGCAGCCGAGCCGGUCUCGGUCUCACCCUCGUUCAAUACGGCUUCUACAUGAAAGGAGGCAGUGACACUUCCACCUCUGAUGGAAGUGGCGGUGAUUCAUACGUCCCGCCACCUGAUCCCAAUAGCCAUAACUUCGACCCCAACUCAGUGGGGGACCCCUCUAGCGGUGAAGGUGGUUCCAUGGCCGGUAUCAGUACUAGCGAGUGGAUUUCUUAUAUUCUUAUGAUUGUCGGUUGGUUUAUUCUUAUCCGUGCCGUUAGCGAUUUCUUGCGGGCUCGCCGUCAUGAGCAGCUUGUGUUACAAAGCCCUGAUCGCGGGUUGGGAGUGGCCGUCAUUGCUGAAGGAGAGCGGUCCGAAACCGUCGUCUAA